CACAGCUGUAAUAUUAGUUUUACGGUACAAACCAAAACAUCAAAACAAAAGGGUUUUGUGAGUUCCCAGAUUUGCAACUACAUCCAAUAACCAAGAUUCCUAGAUUUCUAGAAAUGUGGAUGCCAUGUCCUGUUUGAGUGACGAGAGGAGAAUGGUCAAAAUUUGAGCGACGAGGAGAAAGGAAGGCUAGCUAUCAAGGUUCGGUAUCUGAAGAAAUUUAGUAGAUAGGAAGAGAAAAAAAGACUCCUAGAAAUGGUCAUAUAGAUUUGAUCAGGUAACCAUUGCAGGAUAGGUGAUUAUUUAUGAGUUCAGUAACCACUCUUACCUUACUUUGGUCCAAGAUAUGCUUGUGGUCUGCUAACAAGAACAAACCAGUUAAGAAGAGACAACUGUGGAUGCCAUGUCACAAUUUAUGUGGAUGCCAUGUAAGCUAUAAAAGCUGAUAUGAAGGCUUGAGUGGAGGGCCGUUUGGUUGAAGGGCAUAAGUGCCCCAUUUUAGCAUCGGUAGGGUAUUUCUAGCCAGUUUACUAACGGAGUACAAAGUGAACUAUAUACCAUAGUUUAGGUAUAUUAUUAAACCUUUUCCUAACUAUAAAUGACCAAAAUUCUGAGUUGUGACACGACUCAAAGCUUCCUUCUUCGUAAAAGCCAUAACAUUAGCCAAAUUAUUUGCGCUUCAAUCCUAAAUUAAUUCGAACUGGUUAUAUGAAUCAUCUGUACUUGCUCCGUUCUAUUCGAUUAACUUUUCAGUAUCUGCCAGUCUAUAUAAGAUUCCAAAGUUCACCCUGUAGACGCCUUCGCCAAACCACAGAACUUCGUCCACAUUUGCACAACCCUGCAGUUCCAACCAUUGAACCCGCGAGUGUUACUUGUCAAUCUGAUGCCAAUGCAGAUCAAUUGUUCGAUGAAUUGCCUAAAUGUGAUGCAGUAUCUGCUACAGCUUUGGUUGUCCGUUUUGCUAAAUUGAAUCAACACAAGAAAGCAAUAACAUUCUUCUCAAGAAUGUUUGAGUUUUAUAUUAGACCCAAUGAGUUCACUUUAGGCACUGUAAUUCACUCCUCUGUUGUUCUGAAAGACCUUAAUUCAGGAAAGCAAAUUCAUGCCAUUUCCAUAAAAUUUGGCCUUCACUCAAAUGUUUACGUGGGUAGUGCACUUUUGGAUCUUUAUGUAAAGCUAAGCAGCAUUGAGGAAGCUCAGCUUGUUUUUCAGGAUACCCACAAACCAAAUGUGGUUUCUUACACCACUUUAAUAUGUGGGUAUCUCAAAAAAGAGAAGUUUAAUGAAGCUAUUGAAAUCUUUAGGACAAUCCCAGAAAGAAAUGUUGUUUCUUGGAAUGCUAUGAUUAGUGGGUAUAGCCAGAGAGGACGUAACGAAGAGGCUGUUAAUCUUUUCGUUGAGAUGUUGAGACAACGUGUUGUACCUGAUCAAUCGACGUUCCCUUCUUUGUUCAGUGCAGCUGCCAAUAUUGCAGCAUUGGGAAGGGGAAAGAGUUUCCAUGCUUGUGCGGUGAAAUUCUUGGGCGGACUUGGUUUGUUUAUAGGCAAUUCUCUUGUUAGCUUUUAUGCGAAAUGUGGGAGCUUAGAGGAUAGUUUUCGGGUUUUCAAUAGACUUCCUGAAAGAAAUGUUGUAACUUGGAAUGCUCUAAUAUGUGCUCAUGCUCAAAAUGGGAGAGGGAAAGUAGCAAUUGAAUUGUUCCAGAAAAUGAAAGACAUGGGAAUUAAGCCAAAUAGUGUCACUCUUCUUGGUUUGUUAUUAGCAUGUAGUCACGUUGGUCUUGUUGAUGAGGCUUAUUCAUAUUUCGAGCAGGCAAGAAUUCAGGAUGCUAGUUUGCUGAAAUCUGAACACUAUGCAUGUAUGGUUGAUAUAUUAUCGCGUUCAGGGAGGUUUCAACAAGCUGAGAAGUUUAUUCAUGAGUUGCCGUUUGAUCCAGGUAUCGGCUUUUGGAAGGCAUUGUUGGGAGGCUGCCAGAUUCACUCGAAUACAAAGCUAGGGGAAUAUGCUGCCCAAAAGGUAUUGGCUUUAGAGCCCAGAGAUGUGUCAUCAUACGUGAUGCUUUCAAACGCACAUUCUGCUGCUGGAAGAUGGCAGAGCGUGUCAGUCGUAAGGAAUGAAAUGAAGGUAAAAGGACUGAAGACAGUCCCUGGGUGUAGUUGGGUUGAAAUUAAAUGCAAAAUUCAUGUAUUUGUUACUGGAGACAACAGAUAUACCCGCAAGCCUGAGAUUUAUGAACUACUGGAUUACUUUCUUAUGCAUGCAAUGAAGAGCCAAGAAACUGAUUUUUUUCACGAAUCUUGAUACACGGCUUCACAGGUAUCAGUGAACUGUAAAGAUACAAAGAACGCGGAGAAGACUCCCGUUCUUGUCUAGUUUGUGUUGUACUGCAGCACUGGUAUCAAUGCUCCAGUCCUGUGAAAAAUGUUAUCACCUGUAGCCAAUCUAAUAUGCUCAAAUGAUGCAGUUAGAUUCAUUUUACUCAUAUAGUGUGGCAGCAAUAAAGGUCAAAACUCUGACUCAAAGGAAAUUGCAAAGUGCUGACAGCUGAUGCGAUCAAAUAUACCAAAACCAGCCAAAAGAGCUAGAGUGAAGCUUUGCAGAUAAUGCUAAUGUAUGAGGAAUGAGGAUAUCCAAGUAAUCUGAAAGCCUCCAAGCAUGUCUAGCAACCGAGUAUGUAGUCACGGAUGAGCAAAGAUAUUCUUAACAUCACUGCUUUGCUGCUUCCGAAGCACGAGGAUUGAGAUCAAUGCUCAUUAAAGCAAUCCUGUACAAGGUUUGUCACUGAAACGUCGUUACAAAAUUGAUGGUUAAAUGGCACUUCGACAGUGGUAUACUCGUGAUCCCACUAUGCAGAUUAUAUCGUAGUCUUACAAAAGCUUAUAUGCUAGUUGAACCAAUAAUAUGAUAUGUCAAGGAAAUGCGCAUAAUGUUGCAGAAACAAUGAUAUGAUCUGCCAGGGAAAUGAGCACAGUGAUACAGCAACUACUCGACUACUCGUAAGAACCAUAUAAACACAAAAAGGUUAUCAGGAACUUUAGUGUGUUAAUUUUGAAUCUAUUCCGUGACCAUGUAAUUUAAAACCAAAAGGAAACAGAUGAAACUGAGUUUUUUAUAUCGUUGACAAUGGGUAAUGCGAAAAAGGAAUCGAUAAACACCUGAUAAUCAAUAUACUAAAGUUCCUGCUAAUUAUUCGUGAUUUGCCCUUCGAUCCUGGUAUAGCUUUUGGAAUUCAUUGUUUGGAGGCUGCCAGAUUCACUCGAAUAUAAAGCUAGAGGAAUAUGCUGCCCAAAAGCUAUUGGCUUUCGAGCCCAGAGAUGUGUCGUCAUGUGUGAUGCUUUCAAAUGCACAUUUUGCUGCUGGAAGAUGGCAGUGUGUGUCAAUUUUAAAGAAUGAAAUGAGGAAAAAAGAUUGAAGAGGGUACCCGAGUGUAUUUGGAUUGAAAUCAAAUGCAAAAUCCAUGUACAUUUGUUACUGGAGACAAAGAGACAUGCCCUUAAGCCUGAGAUUUAUGAACUACUGGGAUACUUUCUUGAGCAUGCAAAAAUGAAGAGCCAAGAAACUGAUUUUCAAGAAUUAUGAAAGACAGCUGCUCCACGCUUCAAUGUCCCACUGACACGACACGAAAUGAUGCUGAGAAAACAAAGGUAUCGUCGUUGUCUCCCCCUUGUAAUUCUUGAUGUGCUGAAGCAGAGGUAUAAAUGAACUGUAAAGUUACGAAGAAGUUCAAAACUGGACCAAGUCAAGUUUAUUGCAAGUGAAGUAAAGAUGAUAUAAUAGGCUCAAAUAACCACACCAUCACUUAUCAAACGACUUC